ACCUGGGGCUGUCGGGCAGCGGGAUUGCGGCGGGGCCGGCGUGCUCUCCGGGAGCCGGAGCGGGGCUCGGACUCGAGGCGCGGCAGGACAGGCUCGGGGCUCGGCGGUCCCCCAAGAGUCCGGCGGAGGAUGCGGGAGAGCACGUGGGUGUCGCUGCUAUUGCUGCUGCUGCUGCCGGCCCCGCAGUGGGGCGACCCCGGGGAGCCCGAGCGCGGCCCGCUGCAGCCCUUCGACCUGCUCUACGCCAGCGGCGUGGCCGCCUACUACGGCGGGGACUACGAGCGUGCGGUGCGCGACCUGGAAGGCGCGCUGCGCAGCCACCGGCGCCUGCGAGACGUCCGCACCCGCUGCGCCCGCCACUGCGCCGCUCGCCGCCCGCUCGCGCCCCCCGGCGCCGGCCCGGGAGCCGAGCUGCCCUUCUUCCGAGCGCUGCUCGAGCGGGCGCGCUGCUCCCGCAGCUGCCAGCGCCAGCGCCUGGGCGGCCCAGCGUCCCGCCACCGCGUCAGCGAGGACGUGCGCAGCGACUUCCAGCGCAGGGUGCCCUACAACUACCUGCAGCGGGCCUACCUCAAGCUUAACCAGCUGGAAAAGGCCAUGGAAGCAGCUCACACGUUCUUCAUGGCAAACCCUGAACACAUGGAAAUGCAGCAGAACCUAGAGGACUACAGAGUGACGGCAGGGAUGGAAGCCUCCCAGCUGGUAGACAGAGAAGCCAAGCCACACCUGGAGAGCUAUAAUGCAGCAGUUAAACAUUAUGAGGCUGAUGACUUUGAAGCAGCAAUCAAGUACUUUGAACAAGCCUUAAGAGAAUAUUUCAAUGAAGAUAUGGAGUGCCGUGCUCUAUGUGAAGGGCCUCAGAGAUUUGAGGAGUAUGAAUAUUUAGGGUACAGAGGUGGCCUUUAUGAGGCAAUUGCAGAUCACUACAUGCAGGUCCUGGUCUGUCAGCAUGAGUGUGUACGGGAACUCGCCACCCGCCCAGGCCGCCUAUCACCAAUCGAGAAUUUUCUUCCCUUGCAUUACGACUACCUCCAGUUUGCCUACUACAGAGUUGGUGAAUAUGUGAAAGCCUUGGAGUGUGCCAAAGCCUACUUGAUGUUCCAUCCAGAUGACGAGGAUGUCCUGGAUAACAUAGACUACUAUGAGAGCAUGCUGGAUGACAGCAUUGACCCAGCAUCCAUUGAGGCACGAGAGGAUUUAACAGCAUUUAUCAAUCGUCAUAAACUUGAAUCUGAACUUAUCAAGUCAGCUGCAGAGGGCGUGGGAUUUUUAUAUUCUGAACCGAAUUACUGGGUCAGUUACGGAGGACGGCAGGAUGAGAACCGGGUCCCUUCAGGAGUGAACAUAGAGGGAGCAGAAGUUCAUGGAUUGUCAAUGAAGAAGAAGUCACCACCCAAGAUAGGCCGAGAACUAAGAGAAGGUGGCCCUCUGCUCUACGAGAACAUCACCUUCGUCUACAACUCCGAACAGCUGAACGGGACUCAGCGAGUUCUCCUGGAUAAUGUCCUGUCCGAAGAGCAGUGCCGGGAACUGCACAGCGUGGCCAGCGGAAUUAUGCUGGUUGGUGAUGGAUACCGAGGGAAAACAUCACCACACACACCCAAUGAAAAGUUUGAAGGAGCAACUGUGCUGAAGGCACUCAAAUUUGGUUACGAAGGCCGGGUGCCGCUGAAGAGUGCACGGCUGUUCUAUGACAUCAGUGAGAAGGCCCGGAAGAUCGUGGAAUCCUAUUUCCUGCUGAACUCAACCCUGUAUUUUUCCUAUACCCACAUGGUGUGCAGAACAGCCUUGUCUGGGCAGCAGGACAGAAGAAAUGACCUCAGCCAUCCCAUUCAUGCCGACAACUGCCUGCUGGAUCCAGAAGCUAACGAGUGCUGGAAGGAGCCUCCGGCUUACACUUUCCGUGAUUACAGUGCUCUCCUGUACAUGAAUGACGACUUUGAAGGAGGAGAAUUCAUCUUUACUGAGAUGGAUGCUAAAACCGUGACUGCCUCUAUAAAACCAAAGUGUGGGCGUAUGAUCAGCUUCUCAUCUGGCGGCGAGAACCCUCAUGGGGUGAAGGCGGUCACCAAAGGCCAGCGCUGUGCCGUGGCUCUGUGGUUCACCCUAGACCCUCUUUACAGGGAACUGGAACGGAUACAGGCUGAUGAAGUGAUCGCCAUCUUGGACCAGGAACAGCACAGGAAGCAUGGACUGAAUAUUAACCCCAAAGAUGAGCUAUAGAAAAAGAGAGUGUUCUAUUGACUAUUUAUUUAAAUUGAUAAUCUUAGAAGAACCUUUUUAUUUUUGUACAGAGCCAUGGUAUAAAUUAACAGGAUACUAUGAGUUGCUAGAUUCCUCCUCUGUUCCGAACUUUUGCUCACUUUGCCUUUUCUCUGUCUUCUCUGGUUUUCUUCAGUUCAUAAUUCAGAGCCUAGUCGCACCCGCAAGCACACAUCACACACUGAGUCACAUCCCACACACACUACCCGCCACACAGAUAAACAUACAAAACGAAUAUACCACAGAAACACACACUUGCCAUUCAUACACCACAGUAACUCCCAAACAUGCCACACAGACAUAAACACACUCAAACAGCACCCAGAUACACAAACACUACACCACACACACACACACACACCACACAUACGCUCACACAAACACCAUUAAUUUGCUGCAUAUUCAAAAGCUCAGCAUGAUAGGCUGGUACUCAGCACCUCACAUCUAGAGUCAGUGUGUGAACUGGCCUUAGGCCUCUGUGGCUUGCUGCUUUUCUGUGGCCUCUCUUGGUGCUGAUGGCUGAGGGAGAGUUCAGACUCUUAACAGCAGGCUUGGCUUGUGUCUGAGGAGCCCCUGACACAGUCUGCAGGGCUGUGAGAAUCACAGACUUAAUGAAGCCACCACUGGGAUAAGGACUGCUACAGCACCCCCUUGCGUGGAGCGUCAGGACUGCUAUUUUCAACAGGACUUCUGAUUCCCCUCUGCGGUGCUCCCUGAGGAUCAGCCUUCGAGUUGUCCUUAAAACAGUCACGCAGAGGCUCCAGCAGCACAAGUUCACCCCAGUGAAGAUGGAAGAACAUCUUUAAUCCCCCUGCCUCAGGAGCUAUUGCCCGGCUGCUGGAGAGGGGCUGCUGCUGGUGAAGAUUCGGAAAUCUCUUCUCACAGGCUGCUCUUUGUCAGCCUCUGUUGGAGAGCCUCUUCUCAGUGAUUCUGUCAGCUCGCUGAGGCAUGCUGUGUCCGAGUUGCUUAAUAAAGGGAGCCUUGUUACAGCAUUUGUCUUCUCACCCUUG